AUGCUUCAGAAUUCAACGCAAUGUACCUCAGGGUCCUUCUUAAGCGUUAUGAUUUCUCUCCUAUCGAUGUACUUUGAGACCCCUCCCGUACCGAACAUAGAUCUGAACGAAUGGUGGGGUCCAGAGUGUUUGCAGGGGCAUCAAGAUACAAGCAUCAGACUUUUUAGAAUAGAAUUUAAUGAAUCGAUGAUUGAGGAUCUCAGACAUCGUUUGAGGAACACUCGACAGCUCACACCACCCUUGAAAGACUCGGGAUCAGAAUACGGGUUCAACACUUACGAGAUACCCGGCUGGCUGCAAUACUGGGCGGAGGAGUACCCAUUUCACGAGCGAGAGAGGAUGAUAAAUCGAUAUCCCCAAUACAGAACCAACAUACAGGGUCUUAAUGUACACUUUGUGCGAGUGACGCCUGAGGUUCCUCCAGGUGUUGAGGUGGUUCCAUUGUUAUUGCUUCACGGUUGGCCGACCAGUUUUCUGGACUUCUACGAGCUAAUACCAACCCUAACUACAGUCAGUAAAGACAGAGGCUUUGCUAUAGAGGUCAUUGCUGCCAGUCUACCCGGUUUCGGAUUUUCUGAGGGUGCGGUUAGACCAGGUUUUGGAGCAGACAAGAUAGCGGUUGUCUUAAGAAACCUAAUGCAUCGACUUGGCCAUAAGAAAUUCUACGUACAUGGUGCUGAUUGGGGGUCGGUGGUUGCUAGUAAUAUAGCAACUUUCUUUCCACUAGAAGUUCUUGGCUACCACAGUAGUAUGCCUUCAAACAACUCACCGAUCGCCUUAAUACUAAGACUUAUUGGCGCAGUUCGCCCUUCACUAGUGGUGAGACCAGAGUUAGAGGACCGCAUGUAUCCCCUCUAUACGCAGCUCGAUAAAAUUCUGAAGGAGUUCGGAUAUUUCUAUAUUCAGGCAACUAAACCAGAUACUGUGGACAUAGCACUGACAGAUUCACCCGCUGGUCUACUAGCGUACUACUUUGAAAAGAUUUCGGUCGCAACCCGGAUCUACUACCGUUAUAUGGCCGAUGGGGGACUCAAGAACCAUUUCACACGGGAACAGCUGAUCGACAACCUCAUGAUGUACUGGGUGCCCAACUCGAUUGCCACAGCCGGCCGGAUCUAUGCCGAAUCAAACAGCUUAAGAUAUUUUAGUUUGCAGAUUUAUAGCAUCCCAUCAGAGGUGCCAACUUGGAUAAUGCAAGCUAAAUAUGAAAUCUCUUACAUUCCGCCCUGGAUGUACCAACUUAAGUACCCUAAUCUCCUCAAUGAGACAGUAUUGGAUACUGGCGGCCACUUCCUGGCCCUCGAGCUACCUCAUGUACUAGCAGAGGACAUUUUGCAAGCUAUGAUCGAAUUUCAACGUUGGCAUGAACAACAUAAGGUUCAUAUUGAGUUGUAA